AUGAAAAUCUCUCUUCUUCUUCUCCAUCGCCUCCUCUUUCGUGAACUAGAAAGCAGGGAAAAAAAAAAGUCGAUCCAGAUCGCAAAGCUCGACGACGCCCCUCCGCUCACCGCCUUGGCCCGCCGCCGCCGCCGCCGCCUCACGCAGUCGCGGAGCGUCGCAGAUUCCGCAGUCGGAAGGCUUAACUACCGCCGCCCCCCUCGCUUGUCGGCGCCCGACCUGAUCCGGCGAGUCCGACUCCGACCAGGGGCCAGUUGCGAGCGGGGCCGACGAGAUGAUGUCGCCGAGGCCCUCUGCCUCCGCCUCACCGGAAGGAGGCGGCGGUGCCUCCACCUCCCGCUCGGUGCCCACGGCGAGUGUUUUCUAUUGGUCAGGUCAACACCGUUGCAAGUAAUUCAUAUAUUGGGAAACUUUGCUAGAAUUUGGUCUGUGUACUCCCUAUAUAAUUACCUGUCAAGUAGUGGGGAUUCAAUAGUUGGUUUCAUCUUCAGUUGCCUUGUGCCUGCUUCAGUCAUCUUCCUGGCUUUGCAGAAGCCUUGGAAAGGCCGGCCUCUGCCCAACUCACAGGUUGUUCCAACAGUUAUCAAUGGUGGAAUUCUUGCAUUGUACUUUGUAUUGUGGGGUAAAGGACUUCUUGCUUGUGGACCACUUGUUGCUCUGCUGGCGGAGUACGCUGGUGCUGUUCUUGGAGUUCUGUCAGCUGCUUUAUAUGGAAGGAAAGUUAACAUAUGGAAGAAGAUUGCUGGACUUGCUGCUAUGCUGUUAGCAUACUAUCUCUUAGCAAAUGGAUGGGCUACAAGAACACAUUCACCACUAUAUAGCUUUGGAAGUGAAUCACUGGAGAAGGGAACACAAGUUAUUGGAAUGAAAGAAAUGGUAGUUCCACUUACGGCUGGAAUUUUAUCUGCUUUGAGGAGAGUAUUAGCUCGGCGGGUAUCCCUUAAGAAUCAACUUAAAAGGCGACUUCAUGCAAUUAAUAUUGCUUCGGCUACAUGUUUUCUUUUUCCUUUUGCGAUGUGGGAUACAAUCCUGGGCUCGGCAUCUGACAGCAUAGUUAAACUGCAGUUUCCAAGCUGGACAUACUUGAGUACCGUUUUGUUCGGAAUGGUGCUUAUAUUCUAUGUUGACAAUAUUGCUGAGGAAAAAUUGCACCUGGUCUUCUCUUCUCCGAGACACUUAACGGUUUCAACAGGCUGCAUCAUUGUUUUGGAGAUACUGUACAAAAUGGAUUUCUCGCUUUUGGGCUUUCUGCUUUGUUCAGUGAUUUUAGGAUUUGGCAUUUUUGAAGCAACAUCCUUGGAGCGCUCGAAGAAGAGUCCUUUGGAGGCACAUGAACUAUCAAAUGGGUCGUUCCACAACCAGUUGCCAAUUUCAGCACUUCCAAGCUAAAAAUAUUAAAUAUGGCUAUAACAUGCGGAAACUCAUACUGUUGCAUAGCUCAAACUUGUGGUUUCCAUUCUUUUUUUCGAGGCAUCAACCACAGAUAGCUUUGGGUGUUCUGACCUGCAAAUUUUGCUUGCGAUACUCCAUUGACACUAGUAAUUGUGCUGUUCGGCCUUUCAACACCCUGUAGAUGUAUAUUCAUAUUUGUAAUGCAGUUCACUCUCUUACCCCUUGUCCAUCUUCUUCCUCUGAUUACCUGCAAUCUCUCUGUUGGUCCUCAUUUCCUUUUUUCGGCUAAUGAUGGAUUUGUAACCAAUGUUGUAAUGAACAUGCUUACCCCUACUUGUGUGUACGGGUUCCAACUCGAUUGUGUAGUGAUUUAGUAAAGCAGUCAGCAUGGCGUUCCGUUUCCACAGGUUUAGGGCCUGCAGGAAUGUUGGAGGAAAGCUAUGUUAUGUUCAUGCAAAAAAAUAUUGCUUCCCGGAAUUCUGGAUGCUUACCCUUUUCUACCUGGAUUGUCAAGCACGAGGGACAGCAUGCUUAGAUCGCGAUCUCGGAAUGCCUGGCCGUAAGAGAGUUCUGUCCAUUCCCAACCAAGGUGGCCUUCUUUUACGGGUCUGGAUUGUCUGAAGUAAUGCAGAUCAUGCGAGGAGUAUAGAAAAAAAAAAACGCCAUGAACAGAGCUAAAAUACUGUAGCCACAGUAAUUUUUGGGUGCUGUAUCAAAUACUCUACAUUACUGUAGCAGUCGAUCUGGUCUGUCUGUUCUAAUCCAACGGCAAAAAAUUGUCCAAAUUCUGAUGACUGUAGCCCUCUGCAGUAGCAGGAUCCAGAUUGUUCUUUUACUAUUCGUUUGCAAGAAUCCAGGGCAUGUUUGGUUGUCACCCUGAGUUGCAUGCCUGAGAAAAAAAUGGCGCCUAAAGGUGGCCUGAGUUCUAUGCUGGUUGCGUCGAGCACCGCCAUGACAGGAUGUAUUACCGGUCUGCAAUAACGGAAAGAACGGGAUGUGAAAUGAACAUUAGCUUAUGCUUACUAGUAUGGUCUAUUAGUCUCAUGGAC